AUGUUACGUUUUGCAUAUUUGUUGUAUUUAGUAAGUGUAGUAACUGCAGUUACAUAUAUCGAUGAUUCAGAUGAAAAUAAUGGCAUUAGGAUGUUCGAAUUGAAGAAAAGUUCAUUGGCAUGUCCAAUAAUUGUGGUUGGUGAGCAAUGUCCAGAAGAAACGCCAUUAUACUACUAUCGUUGUUGUGGUGAUUUGAAUAGUUCUUGUUGUUUUAGACUUCAGGAAUGGGUCAUUGUACUGUUGGUGAUAAUGGGUGUUUUGAUCAUUGGCAGUUUGAUAGUUAAUUUUAUUCGCUAUCUUUUCUGCGUACGAUAA